AUGCUGUUAGGGCCUACUUUGAGUGGAUACCCAUUAGUGGACCUUGACGACAACCUCCGCAUCUGGCGGUCUUUUGAACUGGGCAGCCUGGUAGAUCUUAUUAUUCUCGACACGAGAAACUACGACCGCAGUAUCACUUCCCUGGGCUGGAACGAUGCUUAUAUUGAGCUCAUCCGCGAUGAGGCCUCCCGCUCUCUUAUGGGUAGCAGACAAGAGAAUUGGUUCUAUCGUACGUUGAAAGAGUCCAAGAACAGAGGUGCCAAGUGGAGGAUCAUAGGCAGCCAAGUUAUCUUCUCGGGUGCAGAUGGAGCCGGGACUGACACUUGGGGGGGAUAUACCGCCAACCGCAACCGUACUCUGCAGACUCUGAUCGACAAUAGCAUUGACAACAAUGUCUUCCUCGCCGGUGACAGCCACCGCAACUGGGUCGCCGAUGUUACAUGGCUGGGCCAGUCUGACUACAACCCUACCACUGGGUCUGGAUCACUGGGUGUAGAGUUUGCCGGUAUAGCGGUCAGCUCAAGCGGCCGGGCUGGUCCAAUCAGUGCUGCCAACACCUACGCUCGAAAUAGAGUUAGAGAUACAGACGUUCUCCAAUGGCACGAGGGGUACUACAGGGGAUAUUUCGUCCUGUCUGUUCAAAAGGACAAUGUGACGGCUGGGUUCUUUGGAUCUCCCACUGUCGCAACGAGAAAUCCUUGGGAACUACCCCUGGCGAAUUUGACUGUUCUCGCGGGAGAGAACAAACUCUCUCGCCCUGUUGCUGGCGGAAAGGUAGAGGCUGGGUUUGCAAAGGGGGGAACCACCACGGGGACCAACCUGACUUUGAACACCGAGACGAAGAAGUGGGAGGUGAUCGGCUUCGAUGACAUGUUUAUUUCUAGUUGAUGAUGACAAGUCCGAUUCGGGAAGAUACCUGAUUUUGCCAACUGAAUAUCUUGUCAUCUUCAUGCCAACUAUGGACAGACUAUGAGGGAGUUUGUUCAAAUGGGGAAAAGCAAAUACCUAGUUCCAUGACUGCUUG